AUGGGCGGAUCGGGCUCGCGCGCUGCAGCUACAGCCGACCGGGCGCAGCAGCAGCAGCAGCAGGUCCGACCCGACGCUCUAGCCCUGCAGCCCUCGGCCUGCCGGUCGGGACCACCGCUGCUCGCGCCGAGGUACGUCAUGUUCUUUCGGCGCGCAUGGAGCAGGCUGCGCAAGCCGUCGAACGCCGGGGCUCCGUACGCGACGGAUGCCGCCGUCUGCGACGCCCCAGCAGGAGCGCAGUCGUCGUCGACGACGUCCGGCGGCACUUCGAUCGCGGACGGCAAGGCGGCAGGAGGGACUUCAGCAAGAGCCACGUCCUUGAUGGGCGGCAUGGCUGCCGUGUCCUCGGCGGCGGAGCAGAGGAUACAGUGGCGAAGGGCUGGCCGAGACCGCAGAAGAACCUGGGGCUUCCGCAAGCUCAAGACGACGAGCGAUUCGGCCGUGUCAAGUCCGGAGGGCGCCCCGGCUGCUCAGCAGCAGACGCCCACCAACUUGGCGGCGGACGUCGCCGCCGGCGUCGCGGCUGAGGGCGCACCACGGAGUCCGCCCGCGAACAAGCCGGCUGGCGAGUCGCCGCAGGCAGGACUUGCGGUGGGCCGCGAACCAGACUCCAGUGCGGCGGCGCCCGCGGCUCCGGGAGCGGAUGACUACGCCUGUCUCGCGGAAGACGACAUCAACUGGUCCACCGGCUACGUCAAGCUCUGUUGCAUGCCGGACGCUCUCAACCAAGAGUGCAGCUCCUUCCAGGACCUACGCAAGGGUCCGGACGCUUUCCCCGCGACCACGGUUCAAAGUCAGGUGGUCGUGGAACGCGUUCACAGUGUCGAACAGCGGGUCAACCUCCGCGACGGCAGGUCCGUCUUCGGAGAGACCACAGAACGGAUAUGCUACGGACGAAGGACUUCGCAGCUCACCGUCUUCAAAGGCGACGGUACUUCGGAACAGACAGCGUGCGAACUCAUGACAUUCGACACGAGCGGUCCCACGGCGACGGCAGUCCUCCAGAGGUCCGUCGUAGUCCAGCAGAACCGUUCCAGCAACCAGUGUCCUGGACGACAGACGUCUGAACCAGGCCUGGUCGACGACGCGACGUGUGUUACGGUCGUGCGAGAGCAGAAGGUUCAGGCGACUUCUACGGCAACUGGUGGCGUCACGCUGGAACCGACCGAGACCCGUCGUUGCGCAAGCCUGUCCCCAACGGCACCAGUGGUGGCGGGGAACUACUGCCCGGUCGGUCUUCUCAUUCAACCUCAGCAUCAACAACAGCAUCUUCAACACUGCUGGGCCAACUUCAACGACGACAGCGGCGCCGGCAGGGGUCGUGCUAAUGCACAACGUCGGGAGGACUCGGUCUUCAACAGCGGUUCCUUCCUGUACGCUCUAAGGCACAGUCCUUCCGCCAACUUCCCGCGUCCUCACCCACCUUCAGGUCAUCAGCAGCAGCACUGGCGCGGAGACCGCGGAAGCCUCGAGAACUACGCCGCCAGGGGUGACUUCAGCGCCGGAGGCGUCUGGAACCAUCACCGCCAUCGCCUCAACGCUUCGCGAGAACGUUCAGGUUCCGGGAUCAGUUCCGAAGACGACAGCGGCGUCAUGGCAGCAGCGCGAAGGUCGACUUCGCGCCGUAAGUCGGGGUCCACGGCGAAGGCGUCCUUCGACGAUGGAGACGUCGCGGACAUCUUCAUGUUUAGCGAAGACGACGACGACGACCUAUGUGCCGAGGAAGAUCUCUGUGCAAACGGCGGCAACGCGGUCGCAGGACCGAUGAGGCCCGGCAGCGGUAACAACCGCAACUUCGAGGUCAACCUCGGAUCUCGGGACACUGGCGCUACUGCCGCUGGUCACAGAGUCGUUGAGGACGGUUCCGGAGACAACCGGGCCAGGAUAGAGUUGGCCGUACGCAUCUAA